CCCUGUGAGCAAUUCAGGAAGGAAGGCCUAGCAAUGAGAUGGGGGUGGGGGGAGUUGCAGGCAUAAGCAGAGAGAGGGAGGAAUACAGAAGGACGAAUGUGGGCUGUAAGCAAGACUUCGUGGCAGCUAAGUGUGAUUUUUCAGGGUAAAGAAAAAAAGGUGCGUGCCUCCUAAGAUGAAAGCUUUUGCGUGUCAGGGCAUGGAAAACAAAGGAAAAUUUCUUUAGACUCCUGAGUCCGCCAUUGAAUCGAGGCUUCCCAGUAGGUCAGUGAUAAAGCAAAUCCGGUUGCUGUGUAAAGUCACUUCUGCCCUGCACACUGUUUUGCAGUAAUGCUCUUUUCCCAUGUAAAAAAAUGGAGGAAGCCAUAUCGGAGUUUCUGCCAACAGUAGAGGUGCAGGUGAACAUCCGUUCUAAAGCUCACACGGACAGAGUUCUCACCUGCCUUGAAGAGCAGAGAAAAAAGGACUUCCUUUGUGACAUUACACUGAUUGUAGAAAACGUGCAGUUCAGGGCUCAUAAGGCUGUAUUAGCUGCCAGUAGUGAAUAUUUCUCUAUGAUGUUUGCUGAAGAAGGGGAUGUAGGGCAAUCUGUAUAUGUGAUGGAAGGGAUGGUUGCUGAGGUUUUUGGAGCUUUAUUGCAGUUUGUCUACACUGGCAAUGUCCAAGUAGGUGAAAAAACUCUCCAACAAAUAGUGGCAACAGCACAGCUUCUGAAAGUAGAGGAUUUGGUUAAAGCUUAUGCCAAUUAUCAUGACAAUCAAAACACAGAGAAAAUCUCUUCUGGAGCCUCCGUGAUUGCCACAACUGAUAAAAGCAAUGGUUUUCCCCAGAAACGUAAGCGAGGAAGGCCAAAAAAAAGUUAUGAAAAAGAGGGGGAGAAAGCUCUAAAUGAAUCCAAUGUGCAGCAAUCUGAGGAAUUAAUUGAACAUGGCACAGAACCUAUUAAAAGUAAUUUUAUAUCAAAUGAUCAUGAAGCAGGCCUGUCUACUAAUUCUGAGGAGGCCUAUCGACUAAAGCCAGCCUCCAGCCCAAAUUUACAGCAAGAACAUGCUCUUUUGAAGAGGCACAGUAAACGCAGACUGCAGAGAUCCAUCAAAUUGAGAGAUUACAGACUUAUAGAAGAUAGAGAUGAGUAUCUCACAGAGCAAGUUAAACUAACCAGCAAGAAAAGGAAGCCAAGUAGUCUGGAGGCUCAAUGCAAAGACUGCGGAAAAAGUUUUAAAAAUAAUCACUUUUUAGCUAUUCACCAAAGGAUACACACAGGAGAGCGGCCAUUUCGUUGUGCUGAAUGUGGAAAGAGUUUCUCCCAGAAGCAUUCCUUGCAAGUUCAUGAACGCAUACAUACUGGAGAGAGGCCCUACACCUGCACUGUCUGCAAUAAAGCAUUGGCCACCAAGCACUCCCUCAUGGAGCACAUGAGUCUACAUGCAGGAAAGAAAUCAUUUACAUGUGACCAGUGUGGAAAGUAUUUCAGCCAGAAAAGACAGUUGAAAAGUCAUUAUCGUGUUCAUACAGGUCGGACAUUACCAGAAUGUAAUAUCUGCCAAAGGAAAUUCAUGGACACUGCACAGUUAAAAAAGCACCUGCGUUCCCAUACAGGUGAAAGACCCUUUACCUGUGAGAUCUGUGGAAAAUCCUUCACAGCUAAAAGUUCUUUACAAACGCAUAUAAGGAUACACAGGGGAGAAAAGCCAUACACCUGUACUGUUUGUGGAAAGUCCUUUUCCGACUCCAGUGCCAAAAGAAGACAUUGCAUUUUACACAGUGGUAAGAAGCCUUUCUCCUGCCCUGACUGCAGUUUGCAGUUUUCACGCAUGGACAACCUGAAGACUCACAUGAAAAUCCACAGCAAAGAAAAGCAUUCCCAGAUGCAAGAAGCUAUAAGUGGAGGUGCUGAUGAGGUGCGGAACAUACUUCAGCUUCAGCAGUACCAGCUUGCAACAACAGAUGGAGAAGAGAUUCAAUUGCUUGUAACCGAUGCAGUCCACAACUUGAACUUUAUGUCUGGACAUGAUCAAGGUAUCAGUAUUGUUACUGCUGAUGCUUCCCAAGGCAUAGCAGACCAGGCCAACAAUCUCACCCUAAUCACCCAUCAGCCUCCUCCCUUGCACAAUUUGUCAGUCACAACCCACCCACAGCACGUGGAACAAAUUCAUAACAUGGACUUAUUGGAAAACCAAGUUCAGUCUAUGCAACCCAAACAAAUGCAUGUGAUCACUUUCUCAGAAAAAGUCAUAAGUCAGACAUCAGAAAUCCUAAUGUCUGAAACAGUCCGGCAAAUGCCACUGAUCCAUGGUCCCACUCACCAGCCCCAUAAUAUGGGCAACCAAAAUGUCCGUGUUGCUGAACACAGCCAGUCGGCUAUAUCUGUGAAUCAGGGUAACCAGCAUGGAACCGCACAACAACUCCAGCCACAAACUAUUGUAAUACAUACCAAUAACUCUUUCAUAAACACAGAAAAUAUAUAACCUAUACACUAUGUUUAAAUAAAAUUCUUCACAGUAACUCGAGAUAAACUGGAAAAGACUUAAGUUCCAACAUUUUUCAAACUGUAAAAAAGAAAAAAUGAAGAAGGUGAUGUAUGUAUGAUGUGUAUCUGGUUUUAUUUAGUACACAGUAUAAAUGGGCAAUUUGGAUUCACUUUAUUGGCUUCCUACAAAAAAGAGUUCAGCAUGUCUUGCUAGCAGUAAAACAUCACCAUGCUUCCUAUGUACCUGCCACUUUGUAGUGCAACAGCAACUUGAGAUACUCUUGGAUGUUCAGCAAAAAACUUGAGCCAAACUCAAAAAAGUUAAAUACAAGUUACCUUUAAAUAUAAUGGUGGAUGCUGGAAACUAUAAAUCACCGUGGGGUGCCAAAUGUCAGGCAACCCCCCCCCCCCCCCUCCACCAGU